ACCGUAAAGUAGAAGAGAAUAGCGAUAGGGAGUGGGAGCGGCAAAGGCAAAAACUGCCGCUGCGAGCGACCACAAGCAAUCGACAGGUGUUUGGGCCCUCUCUUCUCUUGAAUUAGACGUGGAUGCUGAAUAGUCAGUCAUCCCCUCCUUCCUUCCAAGUCCAAUUGGAUUCCACUUCCUUUCCUUGCUAAUUAGAUAACUUUAUCCCAUUCCCAGAUUCGCUUUCCUCCACAAAUAUCUCUCAAUGCCGCUUCAUUUCCAGACCUAAUUUUUGUGUUCAAUGGGGAGGAGGAAGCUCGAGAUUAAGCGAAUCGAAGAUAAGAGCUCGCGCCAGGUUACCUUCUCCAAGCGCCGCAAUGGAUUGCUCAAGAAAGCUAAAGAGCUAUCGGUGCUCUGCGAUCUGGAUAUCGGCGCCGUAAUCUAUUCCUGCCGGGGCAAGCUCUACCCCUACUGCAGCACCAACAGCUUGAGUGAGAUCCUGCAACGAUAUCAUAGUCGGACUGAGACAGAUGCAGGCCCCUCAAGUCAAAGUUGUGAGACACAGGCUAAAUAUUCGCGUUUCCUGACAUGUGAGGAGCUCCUACAAGUAGUAGAAAGGGAGCUUGAGGAGCCAUCCACCGACGACCUCAGUGUCGCCGACUUUAUACAUCUUGAGAAACAAUUUGAGACUGCACUAAUACAGGCCAGAGCAACUAAGACACAAUUGCUUCUGAAGUCUAUAUCAAGCCUCGAGGGAAAGGAAAAGCUGUUAGAGGAAGAGAAGAUGUUGUUGAAGGGGAAGAUUGGUGGGAGCAAGACGAAAAUACCGGUGAUCGAUCUCAACGCCCUUCCUUCCGAGGAGUGAAUGGCUGAAUACUAGCUCAAGCUCUCAGAAUAAUAAGUGGCAAGAAACACAUUCACAGCUCAGUUUUUACAUUCUGAAAGCCCGAGCAAAUCACACAUUCUCUCACCGGAUGCAUAUAUAUAUUGGUGGUUCAGCAUGGAAAUAAACAAGAAGAAAGCAACAUCCAUGGCAAAAAGAAAAGAGAUGAGACGUGGCGGAAUGUGAUUGGGGAGAAUCCACCUUUCAUCAAAGACUAAUGCGUCUCCACUUGUAUUUGUAUCAUAUUCAUAUAUAUACGCUCAAGAGAGAUGCUGCGAUUUAUUUAAAUCUUAAUUAAUACCUGAAUAAAUACUCGUAUAGACAGUCGACGGUAGGGAAAGUAGAAGAAAGACGUGGUGGAAUGUGAGUGCUACAAUAUUAAUUAGGCUGCCCACUUUGUUUUUUAACAACAUAACUUUAAUGGAAUCGCAUCUACGUCGACGAUA